CGUCAGCACAGUGAGGCCAGUGGGGCGGUGCCUCGACUGUUAAGGGUGUCUCCCCUGAGACACAGCUUUAGAGUGACCACAUCUACCAUGGAUGACGCUGCCUACUCCAGUGACGCCGAUUCCACCAUCUCUGUUCCAGAUUUUGGAUCGCAAGAUCUGGACGCUGAUAAAAAAGACUUCUCAGUGUGGAACAAGAGUUUGUCAGCGCGCUGGCGGCGACUUCGGCGGAGAUGUUCCUCCUUCACCAGCGGGUCCCAUUCCCACAGCACCUCCCAGCAGCAGACCCUCCUGAGCCCAGAUACUCCUAGAGCGAGAGUAGUGUCUCCACGACCUCCCAGAGGGUCGUCCCCCGAGCCCUGGAGUUCCCCGGACACCCCCAGAGGUACCAAGGGGCUACCCGACGUCCAGCACAUCCUACGGUCCAAGUUGAACAGGAUACACGACGGGUUGAGGAAGUCCCGAACCUUCUCUGUGCACGAAGUGUCCAACAAACAGCCUACCUUUUACGUUCCUUCACCUCUUGGGCAUAAACGAAGUGAGUCCGACGGAGAACUAGAGGAUUAUCACGUAAGGUUGACGAGUUUACCUCCUUUUCCUGUUAAAGACAGAUGUUCCCCUGCUAGAGACGAAAGAAAACCCCCAAGCACCUGUUCGUCUGGUAGAGGUUCAGGAACCCCUGAAGACGACAGGAGGAGUAACAACAGUAAUAGAUCUUCAGUGUCUUCCAGUACGUCGACAAGGAGGUAUGAAGGUCAAGAGUGGGACCACGGAUAUCACAGUAUAGAAGGAACCAUCGGGCUCGAGGAAUAUGAUAAAGUGAGAAAAAACAGAGUUAGUUUUGCUGACAGCCCUGAGGAGGAUUACCUAGAUAGGAACAGACCGAAGACUCGCUCCUGUAGGAGAUGGUCGCAGGCGGACACACUAGCUUUGCAGAGGUUCGUGGUUGGAGGUCCAGUCACCAGGAGGGAACCUUCGCCUCUGGGUAGAGACUCUGGACCUAAAUCUCUUCAUAUAGGACUUCCACAUGAUCCUGCACCUCCCUCACUCAGGGUCACUCCUCCCCCUGAGAGACCUAGGAACCAUCGCCAACUCAGCAAGAUACCCACACGUAGUAGUGGAGAUCUACAGAGGCAUCCUCCGACUACACAUAAGCUGAUAGAAGAAGUAGAGGUGGAAGAAGACGAGGAGAGCAAGUUCUGCACAUUGCCAAGAGGCGGUGGCAAGAACACCUUCACUAUCCUGACUGUGAGGUUCACCAAGGGUCCGGGCUGCAAGGGGCUGGGCUUCAGCAUAGUCGGGGGCCGAGACUCCCCUAAGGGUAGCAUGGGCAUCUACGUGAAGACUGUCUUCCCCAACGGACAAGCUGCUGAGGGCAACACGCUCAGGGAAGGAGACGAGAUUUUGGCAGUAAACAAUAAAGCGUUGCACGGAAUGAGUCAUCAGGAGGCAAUAAAUGUAUUCAAACACAUCAAAACUGGGGAGGUUGUGCUCCAUGUGGGCCGUAGAAUCUCCAAGAGAAGACGAGAAGCCUGUCCAAGACCUCAGGUAGCCUAAGACCUUACAUGAGUCACCAACAUCUUCAAACACAUCAAAACUGGGGAGGUGGUGCUACAUGUUGGCCGUGGAAUCUCCAAGAGAAGACGAGAAGCCUGUCCAAGACCUCAGGUAGCCUAAGACCUUACAUGAGUCACCAACAUCUUCAAACACAUCAAAACUGGGGAGGUGGUGCUACAUGUUGGCCGUGGAAUCUCCAAGAGAAGACGAGAAGCCUGUCCAAGACCUCAGGUAGCCUAAGACCUUACAUGAGUCACCAACAUCUUCAAACACAUCAAAGCUGGGGAGGUGGUGCUACAUGUUGGCCGUGGAAUCUCCAAGAGAAGACGAGAAGCCUGUCCAAGACCUCAGGUAGCCUAAGACCUUACAUGAGUCACCAACAUCUUCAAACACAUCAAAACUGGGGAGGUGGUGCUACAUGUUGGCCGUGGAAUCUCCAAGAGAAGACGAGAAGCCUGUCCAAGACCUCAGGUAGCCUAAGACCUUACAUGAGUCACCAACAUCUUCAAACACAUCAAAACUGGGGAGGUGGUGCUACAUGUUGGCCGUGGAAUCUCCAAGAGAAGACGAGAAGCCUGUCCAAGACCUCAGGUAGCCUAAGACCUUACAUGAGUCACCAACAUCUUCAAACACAUCAAAACUGGGGAGUUGGUGCUACAUGUUGGCCGUGGAAUCUCCCAAGAGAAGACGAGAAGCCUGUCAAAGACCUCAGGUAGCCUAAGA